CAUGCUGUUCUAUCGGAAAAUAGUAGUUCACACCAAGAAUUCGGUGACGCGUAUCGGCAAAUUGCGAGUACAACACUCCAUGAGAUAUCACUUGUCUGAUAGAUAAGCUAUCAGAUGACCAGGACACUAAAAAAUCUGAACGCACAAAAUGUAUCAAAAUUUCACGUCGGCUUUAAAAGGCGCCCCGCCAAUGAUGCUCGAAACAUUUCUUUAGCGCGACUAAAAAGGGGGAGGAUUCGCAAAUUGUACUCAAAUUUCGAGGCAGUAGGGGAAGAGAUAAAAAUCGAACAUAGUUCACCUGCAAUUAAUCAGUCGAAAGUGUUUAGUGCCGAUUCGGGCAGGUGUAAGGUAAACAAUGCGUCGACUAGACACCUGCAAUAGGAGAUGAGUGCAACGCUCCCCCUUUACGUACUAAUUUUAGCGGGAGUCGUCGACGGUCUGCUAAUGCUGUUCGUCUUGUGCGGGAAUGUUUUAACGAUUUGUGCGGUGAAAUUAAGUCGAAAACUAUCGGCGGUGCUUUCGAAUCAGUUCAUCCUCAGUUUGGCGCUGAGCGACAUUAUGGUGGCGAUCAGCCUGCCGUACCACUUCGUGUUUUUCAUGGAGGGAGGCCUACAUGCAAACUCCGUCUUCUGUGUGCUUCGAAUAGUGUUGACGAUACUCGGCUGCGCAUCUUCGAUCGGUAACCUCAUCGGGAUUGCGUUGGAUCGGUACGUCGCCAUAGUUUACCCGUUACACUACGGUCGCUUUAUGACUAAGAAAGUUGCCGUCGCGAUUAUUAUAACCGGGUGGGCCGUUUCAAUUGUGAUAUCCCUACUGCCGAGCUUUUGGAAUCAGUGGAACGAGACGGACAGAUGUGUUUCGAUAAAUAAAGUCCUGCCCAAUGAAUAUAUUAAUUUUGUACUCAUACCGAUGUUUUUAAUGGUUUUGAUCGGGAUGUUCGUGGUCUACACGCGAAUUUGGAAGGAGGCGACCGGGCACGCGAGAAGACUGCGAAAUUCGACCAGUUACCAAUACGGGAAAAUGUGGAACGACUCGAAAUCUGUCCAGGUGGUGCUUUUAAUUAUCGGCUGUUUCUCCGUCUGCUGGUUACCCUUCUUCAUAUCAAUUUUAAUAAUGAAACUCGAAUCGAGAUUAAUCUACGAAAUAACGCUGCGACUCGCCAUCGCGAACUCGGGAAUAAAUCCCAUUAUAUACGCGUGGAAGAAUUCGAAUUUUCGCCAAAUUUUCGCCUGCCUACUGAGAUGUCGACUGCCAACCGGACUGUAUUACAACGCCAGUUUUAUUACGAACUAUACGACGGCAAAGAGAACGGGCAAUGUGAGAUUUGUGAGAGAGGAACAAUGCGUGCAAAUUGAAAGGGAUGGUAUCGCGACUGUUAGUGCAAGUAUUGAAACGUUACCAGAAUGUAAAGUAUAGUUGUGUGCGAGCAGCACAGCGUGUCUAGUCAAUUUUUUACACAAAUUAUAUGAACGUUGUUUUUUAA